AAUCUUUACAAAGCUCUUUGUGACAAGGGAAUUCACACUUUCAUUGAUGAUGACAAGGUUGAGGGGGGAGAGAAAAUAACACCAGCACUUAUGAAGGCAAUUCAAGAGUCUAUGAUUGCCAUCACUGUGCUCUCUCACAACAAUGCUUCUUCCUCCUUCUGCUUAGAUGAACUUGCAGCCAUUCUUGACUGCAAGAAUAAAGGGCUACUUGUUAUACCCGUAUUUUAUAAGGUAGACCCUUCAUAUGUGAGACACCAGAAAGGGAGUUAUGGAGAAGCAUUGACCAAGCAACAGAGAUGGUUCAACGAUAAGGAGAAGUUACGUUACAUGCAGAAAUGGAAGAUGGCUUUGCGUCAAGUAGCUGACUUGUCUUGUUAUCAUUUCAAAGAUGACAUUGAAUAUGAAUACAAGUUUAUUGGGAGCAUCGUUGAAAGGGUCUCUAGCGAAAUUAAUCGCGGUAGUUGUUUACAUGUUGCAGAUUACCCGGUUGGACUAGAUUCACAAGUGCUUGAAGUUAGGAAGGUGUUAGAGGUUGGAUGUUAUGAUGGUGUCCACAUGAUAGGCAUCCACGGAAUGGGUGGUGUAGGAAAAUCAACACUUGCUCGAGCUGUUUAUAAUAGUUUAAUUGCUGAGAAUUUUGAUAGUUUGUGUUUUCUUGAAGAUGUUAGAGAAAAAUCAAACAAACAUGGUUUAGAACACCUCCAAAGCAUCCUUAUCUCACAAGUAUUAGGAAAGGAGGAGAUUAACUUAACAAGUAAGCAACAAGGAAUUUCAAUGAUAAAGUGUAGGCUCAAGAGGAAAAAGAUUCUAUUGAUUCUAGAUGAUGUUGACAAUAUCGAGCAAUUACGAGCACUUGCUGGAGGAUGUGAUUGGUUCGGCCCUGGAAGCAGAAUAAUCAUCACAACUCGGGAUAAACAAUUGUUAGCAACUCAUCAAGUUACAAGAACAUAUGAGGUGAGGGAAUUGAAUGAGAAGGAUGCUCUACGACUGCUUACAUUGAAAGCUUUCAAAAAGGAAAAGGCUGAUCCAGAUUAUGUGUUAGUCUUGAAUCGUGUGGUAACUUAUGCUUCUGGCCUUCCACUGGCACUAGAAGUAAUAGGCUCCAACCUCUUUGGAAAAAGUGUAAAAGAAUGGGAAUCUGCUACCAGACAGUAUAAGAGAAUUCCUAAGAAAGAAAUCAUUGAGAUACUUAAAGUAAGCUAUGAAGCUUUGGAGGAAGAAGAGAAGGUUGUUUUUCUUGACAUUGCUUGUUGCUUCAAAGGAUAUGCAUUCAGAGAGGUAGAAGAUAUUCUUGGAGCUCUCUAUGAUGACUGCAUGAAACAUCAUACUGGUGUGUUGGCUGAAAAAUCUCUCAUAAAGGUUAGUCUACUUAGUACAGUUGAAAUGCACGAUCUGAUUGAGGACAUGGGUAGAAAAAUUGAUCAGAAAGAAUCACCGAAUGAACCAGGGAAGCGCAGGAGAUUAUGGUUACCUAAAGAUAUAAUCCAAGUUUUAAAAUACAACAUGGGAACAAGUAAAAUUGAAAUCAUGUGUCUGGAUUUCUCCAUCUCUGAGAACGAAGAAACAGUAGAAUUUGAUGAAAACACCUUCAUGGAGAUGGACAACCUUAAAAUACUUAUCAAUAGAAAUGUUAAAUCUUUCAAAUGUCCCAAUUACUUUCCACAAAGUUUGAAAGUACUGGAAUGGCAUCGAUAUCCUUCAAAUUGUUUACCAUCUAAUUUUCAUCCCAACAAACUUGUCAUAUGUAAGUUACCUGACAGUUGCUUUGAGUCAUUUGGGAUUCAUGCUUCAUCGAAGAAGUUCGAGAAUCUGACAAGCUUGAAUUUUGACGACUGCAAACUUCUAACACGAAUACCAGAUGUAUCUGUUUCCUUUGAAUGGUGUGAGAGUUUAACUGCAGUUCACGACUCAGUUGGUUUUAUGACUAAACUUAAAAUAUUAAGUGCAGAAGGUUGCUCAAAGCUUACGAGUUUUCCAUCUCUUCACUUGACUUCUCUUGAAAGACUAGAACUUUCAUAUUGUUCCAGUCUUGAAAAUUUUCCUGAAAUAUUAGGAAAUAUGAAAAACAUAAAAAGACUUGAACUGAUUGAUAACAAACUUCACGAGGCUGGAGGAACAGUGUUUAUCUUUCCAGGAGGAAGUGUUCCAGAGUGGUUGGAUAAAGAAAGCAAGGGACCUUCAAUCUCUUUCUGGUUUCGAAAUAAAUUCCCUGUCAAAGUUCUUUGUCUUCUAAUUGCACCUGUGCUGGGCCCUUUAGACUUGGCUAUACCAAUGGUGUCCAUCAAUGGAAAGAUUAGAAAAUAUCUUUUUCAUAUGAAUAAAGGAGUUAAGAUUUUGGAAUUGGACUAUACACAUCUCUUCGACAUACGAGAGUUGAAUUUCGAAGAUGAUCUUAUGGGAGUGUCUACAGAAUGGAAGCAAGUGGAGAUCACCUAUGAAGGGUUGUUUGAUACCUCCGUCAUUAAAGCAACAGGAAUUCAUGUAGUGAAAGAGGAAAGCAUGAACGUGGAGGACAUUCGAUAUGAUGAUCCUUGUACCAACAAUAAAGAAGACAGUCAUCUCAACACUUUCCAAUCACAAAACUACUCCUAAACGAGCAUAGGUUUAAUGUUGACAUUCAAGUUUUUGAUAGGUUCUUUUAUAUUGUU